GUCCCAAGGGUGAGAAAGGAGAUGCUGGUCUGCAAGGGCUGCCAGGAACCCCAGGUCCUCAGGGUCCAAAAGGUUCUAAAGGAGAACGAGGAGCCAAAGGGGGGCAAGGCGAGCGAGGAGUAAGUGGAAACCCAGGUUACCCAGGCAAACCUGGGCUGCAAGGUGAAGCUGGAGUAAAAGGCAAUAAAGGCAACUAUGGUUUCCCUGGACUGAAGGGACAAAAGGGUUCCAAAGGGGACACUUGUGAGAAUGGGACCAAAGGAGACAAGGGAGAUAAGGGGGAUGCUGGAGACCCGGGAGUGGGUGGAGAACAGGGUGACAAAGGGGAAAAGGGGGACACAGGGGAGAAGGGGUAUUGUGGGGAGCCGGGGGGAAGAGGUGCAAAAGGUGAACGAGGGGAAGGGGGGUCAAAGGGAGAAAAAGGGAGCAAAGGGGAGAUGGGCAUUCAGGGGAUGCAGGGGGUGGAUGGAAACCAGGGAGAAAAGGGCGAGCGAGGAAACAAGGGUGAAAAAGGGGACCUGGGACCCGCCGGUGCUACGGGGCCUUCCGGGCCCAAGGGUGUUGCCGGCAGCAAGGGCAGCCGAGGGGCCCCGGGAAAGAAAGGCUCGCGCGGCCCAAAGGGCGCCCGAGGGGACCCCGCGAAGCUCCCGCGGUCCGCCUUCAGCGCCGGCUUGUCCAAGCCCUUCCCUCCGCCCAACGUCCCCAUCAGAUUUGACAAGAUCUUGUACAACGACCAAGAAGAUUACAACCCUUCCACUGGGAAGUUCAACUGCAGCGUGCCUGGGGCCUAUGUCUUUGCCUACCACCUGACGGUGAGAGGGCGCCCGGCCCGCAUCAGCCUCGUCGCCCGCAGCAGGAAGGUGGCCAAAGCCCGGGAGACGCUCUACGGCCAGGAGAUUGACCAGGCAUCCUUCCUGACCAUCCUGAAGCUGAGUGUGGGCGACCAGGUGUGGCUGGAGGUUGCACGGGACUGGAACGGGAUCUACGUCAGUGCCGAGGACGACAGCAUCUUCACAGGGUUUCUUCUGUAUCCAGAUGAUGUUUGGUCAAAAAGCCCCAUGUAG